GAUUAGUUUUUAAGGUAGAUGUGAAUCAUACUCGAAAGACUAAAAUCUGGUCAAGCCCAGUCCAGCUUUGGCAACUGAAAUGGUCAUGGAGUGGGGUCUUUUUCGCACAGUACAUUAGUUCUGAAGUCCAGAGUCCCAAGUCCCUAGUCCUUGCUUAAUUCAUUUCCUCACCAUUUUUUCUAUGUAAGAGGAUAAAGUAGGAAUCUCUUGAAAAGGUUAGAGCUUUGAUAUGGAAGCGGCACAGGUAGAGGAAGCAUUGAAGGUGUUGGACGCCUCUCUCUCACACAUCAAAUGGCGUCUUAAAUCUUCUGCUAAGCGUCGACUCCAAAUAGAUGUUCUGGCCUUGUGCUCCAGAAUGAGGCCAGUUGUGAUGAUUGACUAUGGUGGAAAGAUGCCUGAAUUACAAGAACAUCUAUGUGCAUUUCUUGACCACAGUCAAAAGGAGUCACCCAUCUUUGAACAGUUAAGAGUAAUGGUUAUAGAAGAUAUGAUAUAUUUGAUACAUGUAGAAGAAAUGGCCAAGUAUGUUAGUUUGAGCUUGAACUCAGAAGUGGAACUGCUACUUGUGGAUCUUGAAGAGGAUCCUCCCAAGAUGAGAACACUAGACGACAAAAAUUUAUUAGGGAUGCAGCUUAUAUCAAUUCAGAAGUUGUUCUCUUUAUAUUUUCCUCUUGAAGGAAUGAGAAAUGAUCUCCUGCCACCUGACAGGACAGAACCCAGGGCAGAUACCAAUUCCUUAAGUGAGCCAAUCAAUUCUAAAUCUUCUUUGCUUAUGGAUCUCAGUAGCUGCAUGCAUGACACUAAGGUCACUGUGCCAACUAUAAAUGGAUGGCUUCUUGGUUAUCCGGUAGUGUACUUGUUUAGCAAGGAUCAUAUUGGAGAUGCUGUUUAUAACCUUUCCACCAAAUUUCUUCGUAUCUACAAGAUUUUGAUAUGCAGGAAUAGUACCUCCAAUAAAGGAUCUCCCCCGGAAGAACUGAUGAGUUUUUCAGUGCCCUAUGAUUUGAGCAUGAGGGGAAGCAAUGAGCCAUGGGCAGAGAUGUUUUUGACUCACUUGCAGUCAAAGUGGGGAAGAUGCAAACAAACUUGGAGCUCCUUGGAAAUGGAGGUUAGCGAAUGCUACCCACAGGCAAUUGCAUUAUAGAAGAUGCUCUACCCUAAUGCUAAUUAGCCCUACCUCUGCCCACUCAGCUUUUCCACCGGAAGAGAUGCUGUAUGAUGCUAAAAUCCUUGUUUCCAUUAUGCAUACUUACUACUUUAGAUGGCCUACACGAUAUUCCAAUCUUGAUGAAAGAUAUUAAAUAGGUAACAAAUGAUGAUCUAUCAUGGCAGCAAUGAUAAAGCAUUUUGAUGGGUUGACAUUUUGUUGAUUUCCUAGCACAGUCUUGGAACUAUCUGUCAACAUGAUCAAGGUGAUCCGGCACUUAAUUCCAUUUGUGCACACCAUUCAGAACCAUGAUUGUAUGAACCCUGCCAUCCCCUUGAUCUAACCCAUAAUAGCGAAAAAGGUAAUGAUAAAAAGGACCUCCUACCAACCCCGAAACCCUCAAUGAUGUAUAUUCUGGGAAGGAAUGGAUAUAGGUUGAAAGAACAUGAUUCAAGGAAUUAAAGAUGGUUUGCAUCUUUACAUCUUUCGAAGAUAUGGCCUUAAGAUCAUGUGCAAUGGAGAAAUAUUCAGGAGACUUGACUGCUUUGGAAUUAGAUUCUGUCUGGAAGACUUAAUUAGUUUGGAAUUAGAUCUUGUCAGAGUUUUGUAGAAUGAUACACAUGAGCUUAAGCUGCACUUAUGAAUAGAAUAACUUUCCUAUAUCUAUUCAAUUAAAUUUUGCCUUGA